AUGAAUUUGGGACACAGCAGAUGCCAACAGCGGAGCCCUAUGCCGAGCCCAGGGUCCAUCUUAGCAGGGAACCCUGUGCUGCUGACGGACCCCAAAACUGGUCCUGCAGAUAGGAAAGAAAAGCAGAAUGUUACUUCAAACAGCAGGAGGCGGCUGAUACCCUGCCUCACCCUGUCAAAACCCCAGCUCUGGGCGACCCUCAGCAUGGAGACUCCGCCGAAUCCCGACGACACAUCCCACUCUGCCUGUCCCGCGGCUUUUAAUCGCUGGAUCCUCCACUCCAGCACCAGCGCAAACCGGAACUUUACACCGAGCACCCCCACCCCGUGCCCUGCUCGCCCCUCGUUCCGAGAGGACGGCUGGGAAGCCGGGAGGCUCGCCACGGUCCCCGGGCGGCCUCUCCGAGCCGCGCCGGUGACGACCUUUGCGGGGCUUGGCAGGCUUCGGGAGAGGCACAAGAAGGAUUUCAUUGAGUGUGCCGGGAUUGUGCGCUGUGACGCGCUGGGGCAGAGACUAUGUGAGCGCGUCGGUGUCUGGGUAGAGGACUUCGCUUCGGGGAGGGAAGAGGAGGGAUCGGCGCGCUCCUCCGCGGCGGCGACUCGGCAGGCGGAGUUUCGCAGCGGCGGAGGCGGCGGAGCCCGCGACCUGAAGAACGGAGGCCGGUUCGUGGCACUGAAGCGCGUGCGGGUGCAGACCGGCGAGGAGGGCAUGCCGCUCUCCACUAUCCGCGAGGUGGCGGUGCUGAGGCACCUGGAGACCUUCGAGCACCCCAACGUGGUCAGGUUGUUUGAUGUGUGCACAGUGUCCCGGACAGACAGAGAAACCAAACUAACACUAGUAUUCGAACAUGUUGAUCAAGACCUGACCACUUACUUGGAUAAAGUUCCUGAGCCUGGAGUACCUACUGAAACCAUAAAGGAUAUGAUGUUUCAGCUUCUUCGAGGUCUGGACUUCCUUCAUUCUCACCGAGUGGUGCAUCGUGAUCUAAAACCACAGAACAUUUUGGUGACCAGCAGUGGACAAAUAAAGCUGGCUGACUUUGGCCUUGCCCGCAUCUAUAGUUUUCAGAUGGCUCUCACUUCAGUGGUUGUCACACUGUGGUACCGUGCUCCUGAAGUCUUGCUCCAGUCCAGCUACGCCACCCCCGUGGAUCUCUGGAGUGUUGGCUGCAUAUUUGCAGAAAUGUUUCGUAGAAAGCCUCUUUUUCGUGGAAGUUCAGAUGUGGAUCAACUAGGAAAAAUCUUGGAUGUAAUCGGACUCCCAGGAGAAGAGGACUGGCCUAGAGAUGUCGCCCUUCCCAGGCAGGCUUUUCAUUCCAGACCUGCCCAACCCAUUGAGAAGUUUGUAACAGAUAUUGAUGAGCGAGGCAAAGACCUACUUCUGAAGUGCUUGACAUUUAAUCCAGCCAAGAGGAUAUCUGCCUACAGUGCCCUGUCUCACCCGUACUUCCAAGACCUGGAGAGGUGCAGGGAGAACCUGGAUUCCCACCUGCCGCCCAGCCAGAAUGCCUCAGAGCUAAACACGGCCUGAGGUCUCCGGGCUGCCUUGAGCUGGUCAUCUGGAGCCCACCAUCGGCAGCUGCUGGGUCCCUGAGCAGGCCCUGCAGAGCUGUUAAGCCUCGCUGGCUAGAGGCCUUCCAGCUGCCAUCUUUGCAUGGGCUCUGCUUCUCCAAGGAAACCGCCUUGUUUACUGUUUAGAAAUCAAUGCAAGAGUCAUUGCAGCUUUAUGUUUGUUCGUUUGUUUGUUUGUCUGUUUGUUUCAAGAACCUGGAAAAAUUCCAGAAGAAGAAAAGCUGCUGACCAAUUGUGCUGCCAUUUCAUUUUUCUAACCUUGAAUGCUGCCAGUGUGAAGUGGGUAAUCCAGGCACAGCUGAGUUAUGAUGUAAUCUCCCUGCAGCUGCUGGGCCUGAUUUGGUACUCUUGAGUGUACGUGCGCACACCCCUGUGUGUGUGUGUGUAUAUGUGUGUGUGUGUGUGUGUGUGUAUGCGUGCAUGUGUGACAGAGGAAGAUUCUCUGAUCCCUUAAAGUGUUACUUUUUGUCAAUGACAAGAACAAUUGAAUUUUAAAGAUCCAAGGUGACCAUAAACAACAGGCACUUGUUCACUAAAGCGUGUUCUGCUCAAAUUAGAAAGUUGAGCACAUGUCCUCAGCAUUUCUUUUCUGGACAAAAAAACAGUAAAAUUUGCUAGCAAUAAAAGAUGAAGUUUUAGACACACAACAAAAAUGAAAAAAUUCUCCUAUCUUUUAAGAGACCUGUUUUUUCAAGCAUGCAUUCUGUUUGCUCUUCAGAAAGCUAAAUUUACUUGUUUUAAGUUUAUUUGAACCUUCUAUAUAAUACCAUUCUUCAUUGUUUGUUUUGGAAAAUACCUAUAAGCUUUUUAUGAUUUGCUAUAGAUUUAGGGAGUAAGUAGGUUAAAAAAAUAGAUAGCUUUUAUUUUCUGGUUUGAAAUGUCAUUAUUUCCUUUUUUGGUUUUUGUUGUUAUUUUGUUUGUGAUAAGCAUGUUUCAAAAACUGUUUCCUGUCUUGGUUUGCCGAGUAGUUUUCUCUGGUUAAAGACAGGAAUGCCAUUUAAAUUGCCUUUACUAUUACACUGUACUUUUUACCACACACUGCCUUGUUUGCAAAGUGCCUAUCUUAUCUGUCUCCCAGCUCCUCUGAUAAAUACUGCUACCAUUACAUAACUAGCAGCAGUUUGUUGGAGCUGUUCCACACACCACCUGCACACUUUCUCCCAGUGAACCUUUCCCAGAGUUUCGGGUUAUGGUUUAUGGCCUCACUUCUGCAAUCCUACCAGCAGGCCCUGUAUCCCCUCUUAGCACAGUCUUCUAGCUUGCAUUCACUAAUGCUCCCUAGGUGGCAUGUAAGAUACUUCUUACUCUCUGCCAUUAGCAUGUAGAUCACUAUAAACUGUUACCUAGUGUUUUCUGUUUUUAUAGACUAUAUUGUCAUCAUAGUAUUGGGGGGGUGUCUGUAACUCUCCCUUAAAGAUUACCUGUUUACUCUCUGAAGUGAUCUUUCUCUGCUUUGAGGUUGUGCUCACUCCUGCCCUCUGCAGUGCCAGUCUGACUGGCACUGUAAACAGCUUUACUUUCUCUCUUGCUGUCUUUAUAUCGCAUACCACCUCUACCUUACCCAUGGUUUAGUGCUGAGCUGGCUCUAGGAAUCAGAAGACAUUUUUAGGGUCAGAAAGUAUCUUUUUAGGAAAGGUAACCACCUGUGCUUUCAGACUCUGGUUUGGAAUGCGUGCAGUGAACAGCUAGAUUACAUUUAGAGAGGAUUUUCAAAAAAUGGCAAUUGCUUCACUCAGCAGAAAGUGUUUCCGGUUACCAAUUCAUAGAUACCUAUGCGUUACCAAUACUCACUGAAUUCAUCACAGCUUACUGUGACUAUCUU